CACCAACUUUCGCGAGAGACCGCCCGAUUCUCUGUGACUGUUUACUUUUGCGUGUGUCGUCUCCUCCAAGUGACAGCCCUUCAGCCCUCAGAACAGAUAUCUCCCCCACGCGCCUCGAUCCCUUCCAUCCAACAUGGCCGACGCAGACAGCAAGCUCAAGGACCUCUCCAUUUCCGAGACCAAGAAGAAGAAGGACGGCAACCCCACCAAGGCUCCCAAGAAGCCUCAGCAGCCCAAGAAGAAGAUCGAGGGCAAAGAGCUCAUUGGCAUUGAUGUCGCGAAGGAGGCCGAUCUUGGAGAAUGGUACCAGCAGGUUAUCACAAAGGGUCAAAUGAUCUCUUACUAUGAUGUCGCUGGAUGCUAUAUUCUUGAGCCUUCUUCAUACGCCAUCUGGGAGAACAUCAAGGCUUGGUUCGACAACCAGAUCAAGACCCUCAAAGUCCGAAAUGCCUACUUCCCCAUCUUCAUUUCUGCCGACAACCUCGAGCGUGAGAAGGAGCAUGUCGAAGGCUUCGCUGCUGAGGUGGCAUGGGUUACACAGGGAGGAAAGUCAAAGCUUGACAAGCCUGUUGCUGUCCGCCCUACCAGUGAAACCGCUAUGUACCCCUACUUCGCCCGCAAGAUCCAGUCGCAUCGUGAUCUUCCCCUGAAACUUAACCAGUGGAACAACGUUGUGCGAUGGGAGUUCAAGCACCCCAUGCCCUUCAUCCGAUCUCGAGAGUUCUUGUGGCAAGAAGGCCACACCGCACAUCUUACCAAGGAGGAGGCCGGAGCUGAGGUCCGCCAAAUUCUGGACUGGUACAGCGAUAUCUACCAGGAGCUCCUCGCCACCCCCGUCAUCAAGGGUCAGAAGACUGAGAACGAGAAGUUCCCCGGUGCUGACUACACAACUACCAUCGAGGGAUUCAUCCCCGCCACUGGCCGAGGUAUCCAAGCAGCAACCUCCCAUUGUCUCGGACAGCAUUUCUCGAAGAUGUUCAACAUCACCGUUGAGGACCCCAAUGCCAAGGAGACUGGCAAGUCUGAGAAGAUCCAUGUCUGGCAAAACUCUUGGGGCUUAACCACCCGUUCCAUCGGUGUCAUGAUCCUCACCCACGGUGACAACCGCGGUCUUGUCAUUCCUCCUAGAGUCGCAGAGAUCCAGGUCAUUGUCAUUCCCGUCGGUGUUACCGCAAAGACCACCCCCGAGGCCAAGGAGGACCUCUACAAGAAGGUCCAAUCCAUCACUGACGACCUUAGGUCCGUCGGUGUCCGUGCCGAGACCGACUACCGCGAGGGCUACAGCCCCGGCUGGAAGUUCAACGACUGGGAGCUCAAGGGUAUCCCUCUGCGAAUCGAGUUCGGACCUAAGGACGCCGAGAAGGGUCAGGUCACCACCAGCCGUCGUGAUGUCGCCAACAAGGACGAGGCACGUGGCGAGAUCAAGGUCGACGAUCUCAAGGAUGCAGUCCCCAAGCUCCUCGAGCAGAUCCAGACCGAUAUGUUCAACCGCGCCGACGCCGAGUUCCGCAACCACCGCAAGCAGCUCACCAACUGGGACGACUUCGUCCCCACCCUCAAUGGAAAGAACGUCGUCCUUGUACCCCACUGCGAGGGCGAGAAGUGUGAGGACGAGAUCAAGGACAAGAGCGCGCGUAAGGCGCUUGGCGAUGAUGUCGCUGAGGACUCUAAGGCUCCUGCUAUGGGUGCUAAGAGUUUGUGCAUUCCCUUCGACCAGCCUGAGGGCAUCGUCAAGGGCGAGACCAAGUGCAUCAACCCCGACUGCAAGGACUUCGCCAAGUCCUGGAUCCUGUUCGGCAGGAGCUACUAGACGUCUGGCUUACAGUGCGGCCAGUUGUAUGUCUUUCCUAACUAUCUCUGUGUGUAGGUGUUGCUGUCGGGUAUGGAGUUCGGAAGGAUGGGAUGACGGAAAGUGGGCAUCCAACAGUGAAUCAAAUCAAAUCAACAGCACAUCAGAUCA